GGAGGCAGCGGUGGCUGCGGCGGAGCAGGGAGCGGCAGCGACGGGGGUGGUGGAGCCGGCGGUUGCCUGCGCGCGGGCGGUAGGGGAACCAGGCGCGAUGCAGGAGCUUUCGUCCAGCGUGCAGCAGCAGUGGCAGCAGCAGUGGCUGCAGCAACAGCUGCAGCAGUGGCAUCAGCGGUGGCGGCAGCAUCAGCAGCAGCAAUUGGCCGCCGCCGUCGCACCCGCCCCCGCCGCUGCCAUGAGGUCCUCAGCCAUCAGCGCAGCCGCAGUCGCCGCUGCCGCCGACAUUGCGCCGGAGAGGCUGCCGGCAACGGUGCUACACGAGGCGCCGGUGGAGGAGGCGGAGGGCUUGCGCUUGCACCUCUCCAGCCGCAGCAUCACCGGCUACAAGGGCGUGUACGUGCAGCCUCGCUCUGGCCGCUUCGAGGCGCGUCGCAAGGUGGAAGGCAAGGAUGUCUGCCUCGGCACCUUCGACAUGGCGGUGGAGGCGGCGGUGGCGUAUGCGCGGUCGGUCGCACUUGCCCAGCCCGUACAUUGCACGCCGAUCACGCGCCGCCCGGCCAGCUUCGAUGCAAGGCUCAACGCGCUCGAGCGGGUGGUUCAGGCUCGCAUGGCACAGGAGAUGCCGAUCUCACCGAUCACGCGUGUCGACCAUUGCGAGGCCUCGGCCGCCGCCCCCACGUUCAGCUCGCAGGGCAUCGCUUUGCUCGAGGCGCACACUCGCGGCCGUGCUGGAGGCGAGCACGCGGCAGGUGACGGUCUGGUUCCAGAACCGUAGGGCGCGGGGCAUCCCCCUCCCUGUCCCGCGCGCAACGCCAACGGGCUUUUAGCUGGGGUCCUGCCCCGCCCCGGCGCGGUCGCAAGCGCCUCAGGGCCCCGCCGUGGCCCGUCGGUGCGGGGAGAGAGCGAAACCAAUAGAGCUUUUAAUCUGAGAGAGAUGUGCUGUGCGGUUGUGCGCGAGUCUCAGAGUCCAACUGACUCUUGAGACUCCAUAUCAUAUCUCUGUUCACUGUUGCGCGGCGCCCCUUGCGGCCCUGUUGGCACGCCGAUAGCGCUACUCGUCGGUUGCGGCGCCAGCGGCCGGGGGCCUCGAAGCAGAAGGACU